CUUGCUCGCUUCUUGUACGUGUUCGUUGUCAUCACGUUUGUCCUUCUGCGCGGAGAAGCCUCGCCCUCCCCUCCUCCCCCCCCGCCUUUCGCACGCUUCCCCUCCUCCUCCUCCUCCUCCUUCUCCUCCUUUUACUCCUCCUCCUCCUCAUCGGCAUCAAGUCGUCCUUCUUCUUCUUCCUUCUUCUCGUCGUUCCCCUCGCACACCGUGCACCCAUCCCGUCCGCGCUCCCAUUCCCACCCCCUCCUCUCUCUGUCGCGAUCCCUACCGUCGUUGCUGCGGCUAGUUUCAACAGAACGCCCCCCCCCUCGCGCCACGCCGCCGGCUCUCUCUUGUCUCGACCUAGAUGGGGAAGGCGAUCUCGACUCAGUCUGUAUGAUUGCCCACCGCAUCCAGAUCACGCCCAAUCAAGCUGUAAUUAAGGGAAGAGGGAAUUUAACCCUCCUCCCUUCCUCCGCCCUGAACUGUUCCGUUCCUGGCUGUUCCGUCUCUAUCAAGCUGGACGGGGACAUCUAUCUCCACGAGAAGGCGGUAAUCAUUGCAUCUACUCUGCUGAUAGAGGCGUCGAACGUGUUCCUGAGGAGUUCGGCGGCGAUUUCGACCAAGGGUUUAGGUGGAGAACCACCUCCUCAAACGAGUGGGACCGCGACGGGAACAGAUGGUGGGGGGGGGGGCUUCGGAGGGAGGGGCGCCUCUUGUUCCAUCAGCGCGGCGUCGUUCAGUGAUGGCGAUGUCUGGGGGGGGGACACGUACGAAUGGCACAACCUGCAUUGCCCGUGGGUGUAUGGGUCCCCAGGUGCGGGGUUAGGUAUGGAGGGAGUGGGAGGAGGAGGAGGUGGGGGGCGAUUGAAUAUUACGCUACAAGGGAUGCUCUUUCUUGAGGGGAGCAUUGACUCCGACGGAGGGGAUGGUGCAGAUGGCGGUAAAGCGGGAGGAGGAGGCUCUGGCGGGAGCGUCUUCAUCAAGUCUAAGGACCUGAGAGGAUCUGGUGGCCGAAUUAGUGCGAUGGGGGGAAAUGGAUAUGCAGGUGGUGGCGGCGGUCGCAUUGCCAUAGACUGUCCGCAGCAUGACAACGUGGUUAUCACGGCUCAAGGUGGGGGCAGUCUGGGCUGUCCACAGAAUUCCGGUUCGCCAGGAACGGUGUUUAAUUGCUUUUCGCAGGCACUUAAUCUCAGCAAUUUUGGCAUGCCAACGCGGACGAGUACCCCUUUAUACGAGUUCCCGAACCGCCCUUUAUAUAGUAACUUCUCUGUUCUUGCGGGAGCAAGAGUGGUGGUACUCUCCUUGUGGAGUCGUGUGCAGGUUCGGGAGCAUAUAGAUCUUAACGGUGGUUAUCUGAAAUCUGGCGUCCCUGGCGUGACAAUCUGGUCAGAUCUGGAGCUUGUAGCAAAUGGGAUGCAGAUGUGCAGAAGUGAAAUGGAGGUUUAUGGGUCUCUGAAGCUUGCUAUCCAUGUGUUGGAGCUGAGGAACUCGUCCAUUCGGAUUGAUGGCGGUUUCAUUGGUGUUUCGACCAUGGAAGUAAAUCGGUUACAACUGGAGGGGGGUUCAUCAAUCGUUUCUGAUGCCAACCUUGGAGUACAUGGACAGGGCAUCUUGAAAAUAGGACCGGAUGACCGGAUUGCUGCGCAGAAGCUUUUUGUUUCACUGUACAGCAGCCUCAAGGUGGGUUUGGGUGGCAGACUGGAGGCUCCGCUGACGGAUCCGACCACUGAGAUGAGAGCAGCUCUGUACUGCAGUAACCCCUCCUGCCCGCCAGCAGUUAUUCAAAGCUCGCAGGAUUGCAGCAUGGAUGUAGAUUCACCAUUCACUCUCCAGAUUUGCAGAGUGGAGGAGAUCACAGUAGCUGGGACGAUUGCUGGGAGCAUUGUCCACUUUCAGAGAGCGAAGACAGUGACAGUAACACGAGAUGGGGCACUCUCCUCGUCUGGGCGCGGAUGCGGCAGAGGGGAAGGAGUCGGAAAGGGAGAUACUUCAGUUUCUGGAGCAGGUGGAGGCGGAGGUCAUGGCGGGAGAGGGGGUUAUGGAUGUUACAAUGGAAGCAGGGGUGAAGGUGGUGGCGCAUAUGGCAGUGAUAGACUCCCAUGUGAGCUGGGCAGCGGAAGUGGGCUUUCCAGUUCAGGUGAAAGCAACAAUGGAGGAGGUGUUAUAGUGUUUGGGGGUGCGGAUCAUCCAGUUGUUACCCUCACAGUGGAUGGGGAGCUGACUGCUGAUGGGGGGGAUUGCACCCCUCCACAUGAUAGUGUUGAUAGGCCGGGCGGGGGAGGGGGUUCAGGGGGGAGCAUACUGCUUUUUCUCCAGAUGCUGAAGACUGGCAAUGGAUCGGUCAUCUCAUGCAGAGGUGGGCGUGGGUGCCCGGUCGGUGGAGGCGGCGGUGCUGGUGGACGAAUCCACUUUGAGUGGGCCAUGCUGACCACAGGCGAGGACUACAUCCUCCGGGCAAAUGCAAGUGGAUCUAUCGAUGUCAGUGGAGGCAAUGGUAGUAACGACGGGGGGAGCGGCGAUAACGGGACAUUGACAACGAUCGAUUGCCCCCUGGGACUGUUUGGUGUUUUCUGUGAGGAAUGCCCAGUUGGAACGUACAAGGACACCGUUGGAUCGAAUAAAUCUCUGUGCCGUCCUUGCCCGAGGGAUAAGUUGCCGGUCCAUGGCACAUUUACGCAUCGUCGAGGUGGGGUGAUGGAACUUCCAUGCCCAUACAAAUGUAUCAAUGACAAGUAUAGCCUCCCGCAUUGCAACACCCCCAUUCAAGAUCUAAUUGAGCAUUUAGGGGGAGCCACGGUGUUUGCGACAAUGAUGAUUGGGGUGAUGCUGCUGCUGGCACUUGCUUUGAGCGUCGCAAGAAUGAAGUUUGUGUCGGAGAAGGAGCUCGAUGCACCGACGACCCCACGGACCCCGGAUAAUCACCCGACAGACCACUCGGCUCCGUUUUUGGAGUCUCUCAAUGAGGUGAUGAAUGUGCUGAGAGUGGAGGAGCCACCAACUCAUAUGCACAGGGUAUACUUCAUGGGUUCAAACUCGUUCUCCGAGCCAUGGCACCUUCCCCACAGUCCUCCAGAUCAGAUACUCGACAUUGUCUUUGAGGAUGCAUACAAUCGAUUUGCAGAAGAGAUAAACACUCUGGCAGCAUUCCAGUGGUGGGAAGGAUGUGUGUACGGCGUAUUAUGUGUGCUUUGUUUUCCCUUUGGAUGGAGCUGGCAGCAGUGGCGCCGGAGGAUGAAGCUGCUGAAACUACAGGAGUUUGCACAGAACGAGUACGAUCAUGCAUGCCUGAGAUCUUGCCGCUCGCGGGCACUGUAUGAAGGGAUUAAGGUCAGCUCGACGCCGGACUUGAUUUUGGCAUAUGUCGACCUGUUUUUGGGAGGUGACGAGAAACGUGCCGAUCUUCCACCGAAACUGCAUGAACGACUUCCCAUGGCAAUCCUCUUUGGAGGAGCUGGCACGUACAUGGCGCCUUUCCAUCUUCAUAGUGACGAUCUGCUCACAAGAUUGAUAUCGGAGGUGAUGCCGUCUACUCGAUGGUACAGACUGGUUGCCGGCUUGAAUGCACAGCUGAGGACAGUGAGAAGGGGUUGUCUGCGAAGGACACUCGUGCCGGUGAUAACUUGGCUUAAUAGCUACGUCAAUCCAUUCUUAUCAAGUGAUGACCUAAAGCUGGACCUAGCAUGGUUCCAAGCGACGGAGUCUGGCUACUACCAGCUGGGACUUAUUUUGGAUUCAACAGACGAUUCAAGAGAAGGGAGCAUAUCUCCACCUUCUUUGAGUCCACGAACAUCCUUGGUCGAUUUCCGGACGUUAGGAAGCCAUAUCGGGUCGCCUGCUCAGCUUCCACCCCACUCACAGCGGUCAUCAAUCUCUCCUCCGACCCAGCUCUUCACUCCUCUCUCACAGUCGACCUGCAUGGCGCAACAAUCGCUGUUGCAUUCUUCUUCUCUUGCGGCACAACAUGCUGCGUCCUCCUCGCUUCUACAUCAGUCUUCAAUGCCCGCCUCGUUGCUGCACCAAGGCUCAUCUCUUCAGCAGCCGCUCAUGCAGCAUCCGGACUCCAAAUGCCUGCCGCACCAAAUGUCCAUUCAACCAGCACCAUUGCUCUUGCCACAAUUGCAGUCGCUGCCGACGCGUCACCUGUCACUGCCUUUGCACACCCAACUCAGCACGUCAAGGCGGAGGAGUAUUGGUUGUGUCAUCGAUCAGCUGACAGUGCGUUCACUGGAGGACCGAGCAAGUGUGAACGUGGUCAUGUGGAUAAUGCUGCGCAACACCAGACCUAUUGGCCACCAUGCCGCUGUGGGAAUGGUGAUGUCCAUGCUUUUGCUGGCAGACGUCGGCCUUAGCUUCCUGACUGUGCUGGAGUUAUACAGCAUGUCCUUUGUGGCAUUCGUUCUUGUCCUCCUCAUCCUUCCCCUCACUCCACUUUUCUCUGUUGCGGCCGGCCUCAAUGCACUUUUCAGCCAUGGGCCUCGGAAAGCUGCUGCCUUGGGACGGGUAUAUGGUCUCUGGAACGCCACCUCUGUUGCCAAUGUGAUGCUUGCCUUGCUGUAUGGCUUCUUCCAGCACAAUGACUGGAAAGGGUGGGGACUGCACCGCGGUCUUCUGGUAGCGACUGGGAUAGGAGAACCGGAUGAAGAAAUGUGGUGGUUGUUUCCAUCGCUUCUGCUCUUUUGCAAGUUUCUCCAGUCCCGCGUGAUUGAUCGGCAUGUGGCAAAUCUUGAGAUACAAGACCGAACUCUCUAUGCUGAAGACCCCACUAAGUUCUGGGAGGCUCAUACAUGACGCACAAGACCCCAGUAAGUCUAUGGAAAUUUAUUUGGGCUGCCCCAGCAAACCAAGAAGUCCGUGCUUCGGCUUUGCGUGAUUUUCCACGAUUAGUGCUACAAUGGGCUAUGCCCUCUCUUGUCGGCACUGCGGUUCAUUUCAGAUGUUUGUAACUUAAUGAUGAUUGCCGGCACCGGGCGCGGUUGGAAUCCGUGUUUUAGCUGCAGACUCUGAGAGAGAAGGCGUAUUGCACUUUGCAUCCACUCGUUGGCCGAUGUGUGCCAGCCGUCCAUUGUGGGGAGGAUCUCAGAUUCAACUCUCCAGCUCCUGACGAGCCUUGCAAGGCCUUUGUGCCGAAAGGAAGCACUGAUAAGUCAGCAUGCACGCACGAAAGGAACGUCUAAGGAAGGGGCUGAUAAUGCACGCACGACUGCCACAGACAGGCGGUUUAUGACGGAGCUGUGAAAUGCCGUGAGGGGGGUUUUGGCAGAUGAUGACUUUGCGAUUGGGGGGGUAAAGAGUCACUGGUGGUUCAGACCCUAGCAAGCCUGAUUAACACAGCAUACAGAUGGCAGCCACAGUAACGACUACGGUCUGUUGAAGUGGGUCCAUGGUAUCACUGCUCUUGCUAAUCUCUUCACCCAAUUGUCCAUACUGCAGUGGGGUACGGUUCUGAGUGCAAAAGCUCUCUGUCCUCGGGCGGUGCUUCUUCGCAGGGUGCUUCACCGGAAGGACACAACCACAGCAUGGCUGCACCCUGGCCCGAAUGUAAAGGUGUGUCUGCUUGCUGUUACGGAGAAAGAAAAGACCGUUACAGAGCCUUGUUCGGAGGGCACACAGAAGUUUGGUGUAUCUUGUUCGGAGUGACUGUACAGUAUGUGGAUGAGGGUGACUGUUUGGCGGCGGCAGUUAAGGUCCUGAGGUUCGAAACUGAGUCUGAGGGUUGGGAUGUGAGUUAUGACGCCAGCAGGGCGUCCCACGAACAGUCGGAACGAAAGCACUUGCAAAAAGGAGGAUAGUUGGGCUGUGGAUGUGGCCUCUUCGAUGGGAAGUGGAUUUCGACGGGGUACAAGGAGGGGUGGACGGGGUGGCUUAUUAUGUCAGCCACAGGGUGGAGGCUGCAUGAGUAGAGAUGAGAGUUGGUUGCUGUAGAGGCAAGGUUAGGGCAUAACCGGCCUCUUUGAUGAGAAGUGAAUUUUGACGGGGUACAAGGAAGGGGCGCGGCGGCUUAUUCUGUCAGCCACAGGGUGGAGGCUGCAUGCGUAGAGAUGAGAGUUGGUUGCUGUAGAGGCAAGACUAGGGCAUAACCUGUCAUUGCCAGCCCCAAGGAAUUGGGCCAAACAAAUUUUGAGGGAUUCA